UUAUUAGCAAAUUGGAUAUUUUUAAGCUGCGAAAAAUGAAUCUCUUAAGGUAUCGCACAUUGAUCAAAAGUUGCUCAUCUUUGGUAAAAAUGUCGAGGAGAUUUUGAAGUACGAUAGAUUAUGAAGCCAAACCAAUUUUCUUGGAUAACCAAGCUACUACGCCAAUCGAUCCGAGAGUUUUUGAUGAAAUGGUACCACAUAUGACUCGAGAUUUUGGAAAUCCCCACUCAACUGCUCAUAUUUAUGGAACUAAGCAAAUGAAAGUAUGUGAUAAAGCAAGAGAGAGGGUUGCUGACUGUAUCAGCACAUGUCCUUCAAACAUAAUCUUUCUCUCUGGAGCUACUGAGGCUAACAACACUGCUAUUAAAGGAGUCUCAAGAGCACUGAAAUCUUCCCGGAAUGAGAUCAUAACUUUUGAAACAGAGCACAAAUGAGUUCUAGAAAGUUUCUAUGACCUUGAAAAAGAAGGAAUGAAAAUAAAAAUUCUCCCUGUUGAACCAACAGGUCUUAUAAAUCUUGACCUUCUCAAAGAGGCCAUCAGUGACAAGACUUUGUUGGUCACAGCAAUGGCUGUGAACAAUGAGAUCGGUGUAAUUCAUUCUCUUAAAGAAAUCGGAGCUUUAUGCAAGGAGCAUGGAGCAUAUUUCCACACUGAUGCAGCCCAAGGUAUCGGGAAAGCAAGGAUCAACGUCACAGAUAUGAACAUUGAUAUGCUCAGCCUCACUGGACAUAAGUUUUAUGGUCCCAAAGGAAUAGGUGCUUUAUAUAUUUCCCAAGAAUUACAAGGAAAGCUUAAACCUCUAAUGAGUGGAGGAGGUCAAGAAAAAGGGAUCAGAUCUGGAACCCUCACUCCAUUCCUACUCAGUGGCCUUGGAAAGGCAUGCCAACUUGCUACUUCAGAAUUUGAUAGAGAUAAAGAGUGGGUUUCAAGUCUUCAGAGUUAUUUCUUCAAAACUCUGAGUGACAAGGUCGAAGGGAUCCAUCUGAAUGGAGACCCUGACCACAGAUAUCAAGGAAACCUCAAUAUUGCCAUAGAAGGAGUCUACAGUUCAAGAUUAAUAUCUGACUGUACACAAGUUGCAAUGAGUAGUGGAGCCGCAUGCCUAAACGACGAUCUCUUGGAUGAAUGAGACCUUGGUGCUCCAUCAUAUGUUCUCAGUGCUCUCCAGAUCCCCAAAACUUUAGCUCUGUCUAGUGUCAGAUUCAGCUUUGGUAGAUUUACUACAAAAGAGGAAGUUGAGGCUGCCCUUGGAUAUCUCCAAAAAUCUAUUAUCAAACUAAGGAAUCAAUAAUCAUCAA